GUCCGUUUCCUUUUCGUCUUUCCUCCAUGUCUUUCCAAAUGUCUUCCAAUGCCCCCAGUUGGAGGAGCAGUGCCUCCAGCCAGACCGGAGAAUACAAGCUGUCAGGGUCCAGGCUUCAGGCUCUGCGCUCUGGGAUGGACAUGUCAGCCUUGAGGUCCGCCAUGGAUUCCUCUCUGCCCACCAUGCGCUCCGGAAUGGACUCUCUGCUCCAGAACAACCACCAGGAAGCCAUGCAGGAGCUCAACGAGAGGCUGGCCGGCUACCUGCAACGCGUCCGGGGGCUGGAGGAAGAGAACCACAAGCUGCAAGAGGAGAUCGACGAGCUAUCAUCGCAUAAGAACCUGGUGGCAAGGGACUGGAAGACGUACCAGGCGCCCCUUCGGCAGCUCCGGAAACAGGUUGAAGAUCUGAACAUGGACAACGCUAAGAUCCUCUUGCAGAUUGACAAUGCCAGAUUGGCAGCGGACGACUUUAAAGUAAAGUUGGAGGCAGAACAAGCCAUAUGUGAUGGGGUGCAGAAGGACACGCAGGGCCUCCGAAAGAUGAUCGAUGACACCAAUUUCCUACGGAUGAAGCUGGAGUCUGAGGUGGAUGGACUGAGGGAAGAGCUGGCCCACCUUAAUAAGGAUCACAAGGAGGAAGUAGCCGCAAUGCAGGCCCUCAUCGCCAAUAACGACGUGAAGAUAGAGGUCGAUGCCCCCAAGAAACCCGACCUGAACGCGAGCAUUGCUCAGGUCCGCAGCCAGUAUGAAAAGAUGGCCGAGCAGAACCGCUUAGAGGCGGAGAACGCCUACAAAACCAAAUUUGACGCCUUGUCCCAGGAGGCCAAUUUGAACACGAAAGCUCUGGAACAAGCCAAGAAUGAAGUGGCGGACCUGCGCCGUCAGCUGCAAGCUUUAGAAAUGGAACGUCAGACCAUGCAGAAGACGGUGGAUUCUUUAGAACACGUCCUGAAAGAUACGGAAGACCACUACGCCUCCCAGUUAAUGGAACUGAACCGCUCGCUUGCCCGACUCCAAGACGAGCUGGCCGCCUGCCGCUCUGACAUUGAGCGCCAAGUCCGAGAUUACGAGGCCCUGCUGAACCUGAAGUCCAAGUUGGAGAAUGAAAUUCAUGAUUACCGAACGCUGCUGGAGGGGGUCACUGACAAGGAUGGACCCGAGACCCCAAGACAAGGGGCUCCUGCGACCGUCCAGAAAGUGACAACCACCCAGCAGGAGAUUGUUGAUGGAAAAGUUGUCACCUCAUCAUCAAAGGAAGUUGUUAAAUAAAACUGCCACCAUGGGAGAUCAGAACCUCUGUAAA